AUGACCAGCGUCCAACAAUACUUCAAUAACUGGCCAAAUGAUGAAGGGUUCGAUGCCAACUAUGAGGAACGUCAACCAGUUGAACUCUCCUUGACUGGUCAUAUCCCUGCCUACGCGGCAGGCGUUCUCUAUCGCACGGGUCCAGGGAAGUAUACAGUUGACACAGAGAACGGAGACACCUUCAAGAUAUCCCACUGGUUUGACGGCUUCAGCCAGACCCAUCGAUUCCAAAUCUUGGCUCCAGAUGAGUCCCAUCCGUCCACGCGCGUAUUUUACAACUCCCGUUUCUCGACAGAUCUGUUGAUCGAGGAAGUGAGGAAGACCGGCUCCUUGGAGAAGCUCAGCUUUGCCCAAAAGCGGGAUCCCUGCAAGACUGUCUUCCACAAAGUGCAAACAUCUUAUGACCCGGCGAAUGAACCAUCCUUUCACAACAUUGGAGUAACGCUGUCUGUCAACAUGCCUGGUCUCGGUCUUGAGACCAAUGACCGCUGGACGAAAGCUUCCGGAAUCAAGACUCUGUAUGCAAAGACUGAUGCCAGUCACUACAAGCAAAUUGAUCCGGAGACUCUCGAGCCCAUUGGACUCGCUGCGCAGAAGGAUCUGCAUCCUGAUCUAACCGGCCCAUUGUCGGCGGCCCAUGCAAGAUCCGACCCAGUCACAGGGAACGUAUAUAACUUCAACCUAGCUUUCGGUCCUGAAGGAUCCAUCUACCGCGUCUUCUGUGUGUCUGCUUCAACGGGCACCACGUCGAUUCUGGCCCAAUUCCCUGGAACCCCGGCAUACCUGCAUUCGCUGUUGAUAACGGAAGACUACGUGAUCCUCUGUGUGUGGAACUCGCACAUCAAUCCAGCAAAGUUCAAGGAUUCUUUCGUGGAAGCCAUUCAACCGUUUGACGCUUCGAAACCCGCAACAUGGUACGUCGUCGACCGCAAGGGCAGCCGAGGGCUCCUCGCGACGUACAAAAGCCGCUCCUUUUUCUGCUUCCACACCAUCAACGCAUGGCAGGAACCUUCCGCCGAUGAUCCCAACCAAACCGACAUCGUGGCCGAACUGGUCAUAUUCGAUGAUCUCACCAUCAUCAAGAGAUCCUUCUACGAGAACAUGCUUUCUUCGUCUCCCAGCGCAAAGGCCUUUGUCAAGGAAAAGCCGGAUGGGUGUCGUUCAGCGCUGACUAGCUUCCGGCUUGCGGGUAUUCCUUCGGCUCCAACAUCAGAGGUCCAAGAGGCGUCCAUCAACUGGACCGCAUGCACGGGCUAUGCUCCCGAGCUGCCUACCAUGAACCCGAGAUAUGUCACGCAGAAGCAUCGGUACACCUACGCCGUGACUGACCGCGACGAGUCGACUUUCUUCGAUGGCAUCAUGAAAUACGACAGCGUGGCCCAAGAGACUACUGUCUGGAAGCAGCAUGGACAGUCGCCUGGAGAACCAAUAUUUGUCGCUGAUCCUGCGAGCACUAACGAGGAUGAUGGCGUCCUUUUGAGUGUUGUGCUGGAUGGGAAGACCGGGAAAAGCUGCUUGCUCUGUCUGGAUGCGCGCGAUAUGUCUGAGCUGGGUAGAGCGCAUCUCAACGGACCGGUAGGCUUUGGCUUUCAUGGCCAGCAUGUUCCUGCGAGUGAAGGGCUGCCCACGGGGGAUUAUUAG